AUGCUGACUGCACAGAGGGCAUGUGCAGCGAUGGCUGCGCGGCACCUGCUUAGAGCUUCUGUCACCUCAGCGCACACACACCGCUGUCUGAUCCACACUUCCAUACCAUGUCAGGACCAGGCUGAGCUGCUUCCUGAAUGGGCCAGUCUGGCUAAGAAACAGCUGAAGGGAAAGAACCCGGAAGAUCUUAUCUGGCGCACGCCUGAGGGAAUCAACAUCAAGCCUGUGUACACCCAAGCAGACUCAGCUGGCAGAGCGGAUGAAUUGCCAGGGGUGUUUCCGUACACUAGGGGGCCCUAUCCCACCAUGUACACCUACAGACCUUGGACAAUCAGGCAGUAUGCUGGCUUUAGCACUGUGGAGGAGAGCAACAAGUUCUAUAAAGAUAACAUUAAAGCUGGACAGCAGGGUCUUUCCGUGGCUUUUGACCUCCCAACGCACCGCGGUUAUGACUCGGACAACCCCCGAGUCCACGGAGAUGUCGGCAUGGCUGGAGUCGCUAUAGACACAGUGGAAGACAUGAAGAUGCUCUUUGAUGAAAUCCCACUGGAGAAGAUGUCUGUUUCAAUGACAAUGAAUGGAGCCGUUAUCCCUGUGCUGGCCAUGUUUAUUGUGACUGGAGAGGAGCAGGGCGUAUCUAAGGCGAAACUAACUGGCACGAUUCAAAAUGAUAUUUUGAAGGAGUUUAUGGUACGCAACACCUAUAUUUUCCCCCCGGAACCUUCCAUGCACGCCAUUGCUGACAUCUUCGCUUAUACCUCCAAGCAUAUGCCCAAGUUCAACUCCAUAUCCAUCAGUGGCUACCAUCUUCAGGAAGCUGGAGCUGAUGCCAUCCUGGAAGUAGCCUACACCAUCGCUAAUGGCCUGGAGUACUGCCGCACUGGUCUGAAAGCAGGUUUAACCAUCGACGAGUUUGCCCCAAGGUUGUCAUUCUUCUGGGGUAUUGGGAUGAAUUUCUACAUGGAAAUUGCCAAGCUGAGGGCAGCCAGGAGGUUAUGGGCCACGCUCAUUAAAGAGAAUUUCCAGCCCAAGAAUGCCAAGUCUCUCCUCCUCCGCACACACUGCCAGACUUCAGGCUGGUCUCUCACUGAACAAGAUCCGUACAACAAUGUGAUCCGUACAGUGAUCGAGGGCAUGGCAGCCGUGUUCGGGGGGACCCAGUCACUCCACACCAACUCGUUCGAUGAAGCGCUGGGCUUGCCCACAGUGAAGAGCGCUCGCAUUGCCAGAAACACCCAGAUCAUCAUCCAGGAAGAGUCGGGCAUCCCCAAAGUCGCUGAUCCCUGGGGGGGGUCGCACAUGAUGGAGGCUCUCACGGAUGAUGUCUAUAACACAGCGCUGAAGUUCAUUAAAGAGAUUGAAGAGAUGGGAGGCAUGGCCAAAGCUGUGGCGGAGGGCAUCCCAAAACUUCGUAUUGAAGAAUGUGCUGCUCGCAGACAGGCCCGCAUCGACUCAGGGUCAGAGGUCAUUGUGGGUGUAAACAAGUACCGUCUGAAAAAAGAGGAGACUGUGGAGGUGCUGGCUAUAGAUAACACUGUUGUACGUGAGAAACAGAUUGAAAAACUGAAAAAGGUGAGGCAGAGCCGUGACCCCGAGGUAGCAAAGAAGUGCCUGGCAGCCAUUGAGGAGUGCGCCCGAACCAGGGAGGGCAACCUUUUAGCGCUGGCUGUGGAGGCAGCGCGAGCCAGAUGUUCAGUUGGUGAAAUAACUGAUGCCAUGAAGACGGUGUUUGGUGAACACAAGGCCAGCACGAGGAUGGUGAGCGGUGCUUACCGCAGCGAGUUCGGGGAGCAUGAAGAGAUUUCCUUGGCUCACAAUAGAGUUGCAGAUUUUAAGAACCACGAGGGCAGGAACCCUCGACUGCUGGUGGCAAAGAUGGGGCAGGAUGGUCACGACAGGGGUGCCAAAGUCAUCGCCACUGGGUUUGCUGACCUAGGCUUUGAUGUGGACAUCGGACCCCUGUUUCAGACUCCCCUUGAGGUUGCCCAGCAGGCGGUUGAUGCAGAUGUGCACUGUGUCGGGGUCAGCACGCUUGCUGCAGGACACAAGACCCUGGUCCCAGAGCUCAUCAAGGAACUACGGAAGCUCAACAGGCCAGAUAUCCUGGUCAUCUGUGGAGGCGUCAUCCCACCACAGGACUACGAGUUCCUGUACCAGAGCGGGGUGUGCGCCAUCUUCGGCCCGGGAACCAGGAUCCCACAAGCUGCAGUGGAGGUCAUUGACAACAUUGAGAAGAGCCUGGAAAACAUCCGCCAGGCUAUGUGAACUCUAAAACAUAAUAAUAAUAAUAAUAAUAAUAAAUCCAACUUUAAGAACUGUCUCUUUGUGCUGUAUCCACAACAAAGUCACAAGUGGGAGCUCUCUGUACAGAACCUCUGAUUUGUGAUGUCCUGUCACACAACAUGAUAAAAAGCCACAAUCUCAGUCCCAUCAUCACAAUGCAUGUACAGCACUCAGAAUGAUUAAAAACCUGUUGGGGUGUCGUGAUUGUAUUAACAUUGCAUUCUGUGUAUAUUAAAUUUGAAGUGAAUUGCUAAUAAUAUCCUCACAGUUUGCCUCAAUAUUUAUGACAUUAGACUACAUAAAUACUUUUACCAACACCGGAACAAUAAAUCAUACACUACAUUUAAUCAAAUUGGGAUAAGAUAAACAAACAUAAUACAGUAUCGUGAUCAAAACUUUGGCCUGAUUUUUUUUAUUUAUUUUUUCCAUCCAAGAUAUAACAUUGCAGCACAGCACUAUAAGCCUACUUGGACUAUAAUGCUUUUAUUGUGAAAUUUGUGUGUACUUUUCAGUUACCUAGCGGGGUGUGGUAGGUGCCAGUACUGUGGAGAUAGAUUCACAUUAAACCUCUAACGAACUACUACUAUUUUUCAUUUAACCAACUCCUGUUCGAAAUAUGACAUUGUUGGAAAUUGUAUUUUUCUACUUGUAAUACCGAAUCAGAUUUUCUCUUCUAAAUAAAGGAUGUGAACUUUGGAAA